AUGAGUGAAAGCCCGCUUAACAAAAGGCACGGCGUGAUCGUCAGAGCUAUGCCGGCUUCGUCGCCCACGCUACCGGGCUUGUCGAGCGGGUCUUCCUCGCCGUCGAGCUCGUCGGUGGAUUCCGCUGACGGUGGGGGACCUGCUUCGAUGGAGUAUGGCAUGGCGCCCGUUAUCACAUCCCUCGGGUCUGCAAGAGAGGGUGUGGUUUCGCGCGCUUCAUCUUCGUCGUGGAAUAAUGCUGCGCCGUCUCUCGCCAUCUCCGUUCCUGAAGAUAUCCCGAGUCGCAUGUAUAUCUGCCUUUUCCACAUGCUGGACUGCCACGAUUCUUUUAACGACCCCGCGGAGUGGCGCACCCAUGUUCACAGUCAUUUCCGCACCCACCCGCCGCCAUCAACGGCGCGGUGCCCGCUCUGCCCGAAUACGAAGUUCGUCGACGGUGACUCGGACUCGAUGACCCCCGUGGAUAUCAUCACCGCGGACACUCCAAAAGACGAUACGGGCACAGACCCACCGGCCUGGGACCGCAUGCUGGACCACGUCGCAACGGAACACUACCAGCACGGACAGACGCUAGCAGGCAGCAGGCCGGAUUUCGAGCUGAUGCGUUACCUCUACGGCCGGCGCAUCAUCUCCGACGCCCAGUUCACGGCUAUGCAGCUUGCCCCUGCGCCGUCGAGUCCGGCGUAUCACCGGUCGCAGGAUGGUGUGCGAGCUAGCAUCGGGUCGUCGGAUGAGCCGUACUGCGCGCCAUAUAGUCGUAGGAGAGAAGACAGGAUCAGAGGGCAGCAGAGGGGGGUCUGUCUUGUUUGA